GUUAAAAAGCUGACUCCCUGCUCCUCCCUGACUCCUCCCAACUUGCUCAGGCAUUAGAAUUUGUGAGAAGUGAUGCCAGACGUGGAAUCCCAAGGCACAAGAGAUGGAGCACGUUCGAAUGCCAGAGUGGCCACCAGCUCUGCACAACCUGCUACUGCUGCGACAAUGUCGGGAGUGGAACAAUUAAAGACCAAGGAAUUUUGGAGGGCCGUAGGUGGCGAAUUUGUAGCCAUGCUCCUGUUUGUGUUACUCGGCGUUGCCUCCACCAUCGAUUGGGCGUCAGCUCCAUCAGACAGCAAGAGUAUAGCGAACUGUCCGACCCAGUCAGACCGCAAGGUCCUCAUUUCGCUGUGCUUCGGCUUUUCCAUUGCCACGCUGGCUCAGUGCUUUGGCCACAUCAGCGGCGGACACAUCAACCCGGCCGUCACAUUGGCGAUGGUCAUGACCAGGAAAGUGACCAUCAUCAAGGGGGUGUUCUACCUGCUGGCCCAGUUAGUCGGUGCAGUCGCAGGUGCCGGGAUCGUGCGCCUCGCCACGCCCCCCGACUUCCGGGAGAACCUGGGCGUCACCGGGUUGGGUAAAGAUGUCUCGGGAGAACUCGGCCUACUGGUGGAGCUUCUCUUAACGUUCCAGCUGGUCUUCACCAUAUUUGCCUCAUGCGACCCCAAACGCACCGACCUGGGCGGAUCCACUGCCCUGGCCAUCGGCCUGUCCGUAUCGAUUGGUCACUUCGCUGGGAUUCCUUACACAGGAGCCAGCAUGAACCCCGCUCGUUCCUUCGGCCCAUCGGUGAUCGCGACUAAUUUUAAGGAUCAUUGGGUUUACUGGGUGGGACCCUUCCUGGGCGCCAUCAUCGCCACACUCCUGUACGAGUUCAUCUUCUGCCCAUCUUCCGGCAAACCGAGUCCAGGGCGGGUGAUUCCCAAGGAGCAAAUAGGGGCCUUCAAGGAUGGGAUGGCCCCGGUCAAGAGGAAGAAGAGAACGGAGCGAAAAGACCCGCCGCCAACGAGAGAAGUGGUGUCCACUGUAUGACAAUCCAAUGGACCGGAGAGCAAACUUUAGGACAGAAUUUGGUUUUGGACAGUUUUUGGCUUUCAUCUUGAGUCUUUUUGCGUUAUCGCUCCACCUUAGAUGAUUUAUAGCCGAGUAAUUUCUUGGGGAUUAAAUGUGUGAUCUAA